AUGGAGCGCUGGCCAUUGGAGUGCACGGUCUUCUUCUCCAAUCUGUCGUACGAUACAACUGCUGGAUAUUUGCGACGGCUUUUUUCCAAAGUUGGCGAAGUCCAAUAUGUGGAGUUGUAUGAGACGUCACGUGGGACCUCGAUUGGUGCAGGUGUUGUGACGUUCUCAACACCAGAAGGUGCGAGCAGAGCGGUCACGGAGCUAGACGGGUCUGAAGUGGAUGGUCGACCCAUGUUGGUAAAACCCAACGAACGCUAUUCACGCAAAGGCGGCGGCAAAGGCAGCCCAGAAGCCCGUGUGUUUUGGGAUGGCGUGCCAUAUGCCACCAACGAAGGCUACCUGCGCAGAUUUUUCGAGCGCUAUGGGGACAUCGUAGAUUUCGAUUUCUGGAGAAGAAAAGAUGGCCGUUCUCACGGCAUGGGUACAUGUACGUUUAACUUGCCCGAAGAGGCAGACACUGCCAUUGAGAAUCUCAAUGGCUUUACGAUUGACGGGAGAAGUAUUCUGGUGCGCAAGGAUGGUCAGAGACCUGCAAAGAACGGGGCCGAAGACGAAGAUGAAGGCCCUCCGCAAACAGCGGGGAAAGGUAAGGGGCCUGGAGAUGCCACCAGAGUCUUCUGGAGUGGUGUCCCAAUCGGCACCACUGAAGGUUAUUUGCGAAGUCAGUUUGAAAAGAUUGGAACAAUCACUGACUUUGAUUUCUGGCGAAACACAGAUGGCAGCUCCUUGGGCAAGGGCACCUGCCAGUUUGACCACUUCCGCGGUGCCCAGCGAGCGUUACAGCGGCUGCACAAUUAUUCGAUCGAUGGCGGCGUGAUGCUCCUGAAGGUGGAUGAGGGUGGCAACAAAGGCCCUCCGCCAAAGGGCAAGAGCAAAGGAAAAGGUAAAGGCAAGCCUCAGUGGCGAAAGUCGGAAGAGUGA